CAUGCAGCAAAACCAUGCAGGCAUCAUCUCGUUAGAAGACAAUGAGUGUGAAAUAAUCUACCCUGGAGAAAAACCACAUUACUACACAAUCUAUGGCAAAAACUUCAGUGACAAAUCCAGCCUCGUUAACCGCGAGAGGCAAAAUGUGGUGGAGAAGCGGUACAAAUGCCCUGACUGUGGGAAAUGCUUCAAGAAACGAUCAGCCCUCCUCACCCAUGAGAGAACCCACACAGGAGAGAAACCGUAUACGUGCUCCGAGUGUGGGAACAGCUUCAGUAACAAAUCCAGCUUGACGAGACACAAGAGGAAACACACUGGAGAGAAACCCUUUGGCUGCGUGAUCUGUGGGAAAAAGUUCAGCCAGAGCUCAAGCCUUAUCAGGCAUGAGAGAAACCAUACUGGAUUGAAACCAUACAAAUGCUCAGAUUGUGGUAAGAGCUUCAAGCAGAGCUCCAGCCUCCUUGUCCACGGGAGAACCCACACGGGAGAGACGCCCUAUAGCUGCUCCAUCUGCGGGAAAAGCUUUUCCCAAAGUUCCAACCUGGUAAAGCAUGAGAGGAUCCACACUGGCGAAAAGCCCUAUCGGUGUUCAGACUGUGGCAACACCUUCAGUAACAAAUCUAGUCUGACAAGACAUAAGAGAAACCACACCGGACUGAAACCAUAUAAAUGUAUUCACUGUGGGAAAAGGUUCAAGCAGAGUUCUGGCCUUCUUAAACACGAGAGGAUCCAUGUGCGACCAAAUCUACCAAAACCCUCUGAGUCUGGCAGGAGAUUAAAUCAGAAUUCCACUCUGCUUCCUGCCCACUCAGGAGAACCUGUGGAAGUGCUCGUUCCAUGAGAAAAGCUUUCCUCAGGGACCAGAUCUUUUUCCCUGCAGGAAAUGAAACUUGCAAAAGCGAAACCAUAUGAAAUGCUCAGCAUUUGUGAGGAAUUGCAACCUCCCUAAUCUACACAUGCAAGCAGAAUGAAGUGGUAUGUGAAAAUACACAAAAGUUUGGCUGAGUCACAUCAAGACUCCAUCUAGGCCGGCAUCCAGUUUCUAUAGCAGCCAACCACAUGCUUCAGAAGGCCUAUAAGAGAGGCACAGAGACCAAAGUCAUCCCCU